UUUAUUGUUAUUUAAGUUGAAAUGACUUUAACAUCCAAGUUGAUUGUACUUAAGGUACUAAAGUACAUUGUACUAAAAAUGUAAGGCAGUGCAUAGCGCUUUUCACAAUAUAUGCUGUAUCAAAACAGCUUUACAGAAUUUUUUUUCAGUGCUUUUAACAAUAAAUAUUCUGUUAUCAGCCAGAGAUGAGUGUCAAAGUAAUGCCCAUAUAGCGGAAAUAUAGCGAAAAUGUAAUAUAAUGAAUGUUAAUAGUUAAUUUAUUCAGGUUAGCAACAACACAACAAACGUGUUAGGCAGCAAUUACAACUUGUGCUCAUAAUGAUUACUAUAUCAGGAUAAUAUUACAUAAUAUUAAUAUUGAGAUGCACUCAAUACACUCGGAUUUAUUGUACAGGAUGGUAUCUAUAGUGGUCCGGCGUUCCCUAAACCCUCAGGCGAAGUCCCAAUCAUCCCCCUGACCGUCAUUAGGAACUGCCAGUGUGCCUGGAGAGGGGGAGUGUAGAUAAAUUUCAGAUAGUGUCAAUUGCAGAUGAAAGAUGCUAGGGGUGUCAUGCUUGACUUGCUUCUGUUCAACAAAGUCCCAUCUCUCACAGACCCCCCCCCCCUCCCCAUACACUUUCGGAGGCAACAGCGGCAGCGACCUCAAGCAGGCGCCCCCAGUUCGCUAACCCAAACACCCCCCCCUUUCCGAACACCCGCCCCUCCCUUUCCUGCUUACCUUGGCUAAGCCGCUUUGCAUGUUGAUUGGGGGAGGACUAAUCCAGUUUGCAGCUGUCGGAGGCCAAUGAUGAAUCACCUUUCCGUCAUUCGGCCGGGCCCGGGAGGAGGGAAGACCUGGAAGGAGGAAACAACGGUGGAGGGGUUGAGCCUACCAGACAAUGUGCCUCUCUGUUCCACCGACUCCUCUCUUCCCAUUCUGUGUGAGAAUAACAAAAAUGUUUUCUCAGACAACGUCUAUUGUGUCACGGAUGGGUCUUCACAGAGACACUGAGCUGAAAUAACAAGGAGGGAUAUUGUUUUUAGGGUCCUGGCAGGUGGAAAGAAAGAAAAGAAAAAGGAAGGACAGAAAGAAAGAAAAAAGAAAGAAAGAAAAGGAGAGAGGGAGGGGGGGGGGGAACAUUGUUUGACAGAUGGUUGAGGUUUGUCCAGUUUCAGGUAAGAGGGAGUUGAUUUGCUGCCAGCAGCAUCACUGGAAAGCAACCACUUGUUUAGCAAAGUGCACCGGUUUUCAGAACUUCUGGAGAAAGUGUCUGGAAGUGUGAAAGAAACUGGACAGAGGGAUUUAGGGGUAUCAGAAAAGGAAAACAUUUGACAAAUGCGGUUUGUGUCAGAAACUGACGUUAUUUUUUUACAUCUCCAUGGCAUGGAUUAUUUUUCCCUUGUUUUAACUGCGACCAGCUGUAACGGAUAUUUUAUAGCCGAUCAAGAAAAAGAGGUCUAUGGAAAUGCAGGAUCUAGCUAGUCCACACAGCCGAGUAAGUGGAAGCAGUGAGUCCCCAAACGGUCCCAACAUCGACAACUCGCAUAUAAAUAACAAUUCCAUGACACCAAAUGGCACUGAAGGUGAUAACAUCACUAUGCUUACCACAGCUGACUGGUUGUUAAGUUCUAGUUCACAGUCCGCUGCAGUUAAAACAGAGCCAAUGAGCAGCAGUGAAAUCGCCACCUCUGUAGCAGACGGCUCUCUAGACAGCUUCUCAGGAUCAGCCAUUGGAACCAGUGGCUUCAGCCCAAGACAAACUCACCAGUUCUCUCCCCAGAUUUACCCUUCCAACAGACCCUAUCCACACAUUCUUCCGACUCCUUCCGCCCAAAAUAUGGCCGCGUACGGACAGACGCAAUACACCACAGGAAUGCAGCAGGCUGCUGCCUAUGGCACGUACUCUCAGCCAGGCCAGCCCUACGGGAUUCCAGCCUAUGGUCCAUUGUGGGCAGGCAUCAAGACAGAGGGUGGAUUGACCCAGGCCCAGUCUCCAGGCCAGAGUGGUUUCCUCAGCUAUAGUUCCAGCUUCUCUACGCCUCAGACGGGACAAGCGCCCUACAGUUACCAGAUGCAAGGAGGCAGUUUUACAACAACUUCAGGGCUUUACGCUGGAAGCAAUUCCCUCACAAACUCAACUGGAUUUAAUAGUACACAACAGGACUACCCCUCCUACCCAGCUUUUGGCCAGACUCAGUAUGCGCAGUAUUACAACAGUAGCCCCUACACCUCUCCAUACAUGACCAGUAACAACACCAGCCCCACCACACCCUCCACCACUGCCACCUACACCCUACAGGAACCUCCAUCAGCGAUCACCAGCCAGGCCCUCUCAGAGCAACCGGCAGGAGAGUACAGUACAAUCCACAGUCCAUCAACGCCCAUUAAAGAUUCAGAAUCGGAUCGAUUGCGCCGAGCUUCGGAUGGAAAGUCACGUGGCCGGGGAAGGAGGAACAAUAACCCAUCCCCACCUCCUGACUCUGACCUUGAGCGCGUGUUCAUUUGGGACUUGGAUGAAACAAUCAUCGUUUUCCAUUCCUUGCUCACAGGAUCUUACGCCAACAGAUUCGGAAGGGAUCCACCAACGUCGGUGUCAUUGGGACUUAGAAUGGAAGAGAUGAUCUUCAACUUGGCCGACACACAUUUCUUCUUCAACGACUUGGAAGAAUGCGAUCAAGUCCAUAUCGACGACGUGUCUUCGGACGACAACGGGCAGGAUCUAAGCACAUAUAAUUUUAGCACAGACGGAUUCCACGCUGCUGCCACUAGUGCCAACCUCUGCCUGGCCACCGGCGUACGAGGAGGUGUGGACUGGAUGAGAAAGCUCGCCUUCCGCUACAGACGAGUAAAAGAAAUUUACACCACCUAUAAAAAUAACGUCGGAGGUCUGCUUGGCCCGGCCAAAAGGGAAGCCUGGUUGCAAUUGCGAGCAGAAAUUGAAGCCCUGACUGACUCCUGGUUAACACUGGCACUGAAAGCACUAACAUUAAUCCACUCAAGAUCAAACUGUGUGAACAUCUUAGUGACCACAACACAGCUCAUACCUGCCCUCGCCAAGGUCCUUCUGUAUGGACUGGGAGUAGUAUUUCCAAUUGAAAACAUUUAUAGCGCCACGAAAAUAGGAAAAGAGAGCUGCUUCGAGAGAGUAAUCCAGAGGUUCGGCAGGAAAGUUGUUUAUGUGGUGGUGGGGGACGGUGUGGAGGAGGAGCAAGGGUCGAAAAAGCACAACAUGCCUUUCUGGAGGAUCUCUAGUCACUCUGACCUCAUGGCCCUUCACCACGCUCUGGACCUGGAGUACUUGUAGCACUGUGACGGCUCUGUCCCAGGGCGUGCGAGGGCCCUGAAGACCCAAACCCAGCACCGUCAGCCUGCUUCGUCGCCCGAGCGUCUGCGUUCCAACAGCACCAGACCAAAAAACAAAAUCGUUCACACACACAACGUAGAGAGAGCGACUCUCUCAGCGUGUUGACACAUGGCCGCAAUUCGUCUUAACCCUAAACCUUUUUCGAAGUGGAGGAGAGUGAAUUUAUGGCGCUGCAGCUGCUGGCCCUGGUUACUGUGAAUUGGCUUUUUUUUCCAAAGCCAUCAAAAUGUUUUACAGCCCUGUCUACGCGGGGGACUCGGCAAGGGUUCACACCUGUGACAAAAACUGAGCUACCGAUGCCUUUGGAACUCAGCAGGACUCCGAUCCCACUGCGACUUGGUGUAAUGUUUUGUCUCUACGUCUCCGUCUUUCUCAAUCGAUGGUACAAAGAAAGUCGGACACGGCCCCGUCGUUUUUCUCGUUUCUCCAGCUCCGUCGUCCUGGAUGUCCUGCUCUUCUUAUUUAUAAUCUUCGAGAGACUUUGUGGAGAGGCACCGGGCCCCCAAAAAAAGGCGCUUUGUUUAAGAGACUUGUGCCUUUUUGCGUUACAAAGUACUUUGAUUCCACUACACCAAGAAGUUUAUGGAAGAAAAAAAAAAGGAUUUUCUAAGUAAUUUAAGGAAAAAAAAUUUAACAAAACACUAUUUACAUUGCAGAGACAAUCGUGUACAGACAUUUUUUUGUGUGUAAAUUUGUAAUCACUGGACUAUUCUUUCCUAUAUUGAUUAAGGUACAUGCUGUAGAAAGCGCUUCAUGGAAGUCCGUAAAGGCGUUGCCCGCAGUAGCUCGUGCAAAGCCUGAAAGUGUUGACGUGUUCGAGGUUUCAUUCAAUAAAUAAAUGUAGAUAAGGAUUUUUUUUGUUUUUGUGAUAAUUGUUUUGUCAUGACCAAAAGCAUGGAUGUCAAGUGUCAAUAAUUUCGUAUUUUUCUUCAGUGAUGUUUCGUUUCCUCCUUUGUGCGCUUCUGGUGGUGAGAACUUGUAGAGACUUUCUCCACAAUGAAAUGCGACUCUUUCUGUCAGAAUUUCAUACCGGAUAGAGUGAAUGAAUUCCCAACGGUAGCUCAAACUCCCAAGGAAGAACAUAAACAGCAUAAUAAGAAUAAUAAUCGUCUGAAUGUCAAGCUUCAAACUGAGUGUAAAUGUCUGUAUCUCCCAGUACUAUCUCCUGGACGUUGAACCGGGCGUUUAAGCUUAAAUAGGUUUUAUUAUCUUUUGUACUGGCGCUAAAGCAGAAAGUCUUGUACAGCAAGUGUAAUUUUUGUAUGAAGUAGUCUUUUUAUUUUGAUUGAGUCCACUGUAGUUGGAUUUUCAUGAUGCAUAUUGGUAGUUCUAAGGUAACUGUGGACUGGAAACUCUAGCUCUUAGACUUUAAAAAAUAAGAAAGCCACUACUCACUCACACCUACACACACACUCACAAUGGAGUUUAGAACAUACAUGUGCUAUCGACUGUGAAUUUCCCCAGCUAACUUGAUCUGUUUCUAAUUUUCCCUCCCGGCACAUGAUGAUGUUCGACUCCUGCAGGUGAGGUCGUCUUCUCUGGCCUAGUUUUUCUCACCACAUUUACAAUUUCACCCCUUCUUAUUGCGUCGCCCGCCAUCCCCCCUUACUGGGGAAUCACAUUUUGCUGCUAGAUCAUGGUAACAGUAGAUGUUUUCUAGAUUUAACACAGCAUUUUUUUUUAAAUAAAUGAUGCAAUCAUAAUGCAAACUGGAAAUAAUUUACAAUAUGUGGGCCUCAUUGUGAAACACAGUUUGUUGUGUCUACAAAAAAAGAUGUGUACAGAUGUUUUUGACAUUUAUUAUUUGAUUGUGUUUAAAUUAAUAAAAACUGAUUUGUGAACUGUUA